UGGCGUUAUAAGGCGUGGCCGGUCCAUUUUGCCCCUUUCGUCAACAUCAUCGUCACAUUUCUCUCUUUCUCUCUCCUCUGCCAUUGCGGAGCGAAGCCAAGCAUGACCAGCUCCUCCGACACCGCUCGUAAGGCUCUGAGUAAGAUUGCUUGCAAUCGGCUCCAGAAAGAACUUGUUGAGUGGCAGGUCAACCCUCCCGCUGGUUUCAAACACAAGGUCACCGAUAAUCUUCAGAGGUGGGUGAUUGAAGUCAACGGAGCUCCAGGUACUCUCUAUGCAAAUGAAACCUACCAGCUUCAGGUGGACUUUCCAGAGCAUUACCCAAUGGAAGCCCCACAGGUCAUAUUUCUGCAUCCAGCCCCUCUGCACCCUCAUAUCUAUAGCAAUGGUCACAUUUGUCUAGAUAUUUUGUACGAUUCAUGGUCGCCUGCGAUGACUGUAAGUUCUAUCUGUAUCAGCAUUCUCUCCAUGCUGUCAAGCUCCACGGCAAAGCAACGCCCUGACGAUAACGACCGUUAUGUAAAGAAUUGUAGGAACGGAAGAUCUCCAAAAGAGACGAGGUGGUGGUUCCAUGACGAUAAGGUGUAACGUAAUUAUCUUCCAUUGUUAUGCCUGUGGCUUCCCUCGUUUGUAAGGCGAAAGAAGUAGAAAAUGAUUCUGGAAAUGAAAACCAAGUAAAGUGGUAAGGCCUGGCAUUUGUAAAGGAAGAUAAAUUUGUGUUUCUUACCAAUGUCUAAAGAACAACUUCUGCUGUCCUUCCUUGCCGGUGGGUUAUCCGUCCUGGGUGAGAACCUCUUGUUACAAAUUCAUAAAUUAGUAAUGCCUCCUUCCUUUUAACAUCAUAAUGGAUCUUUAUAGUAUCA